AUGCUGCUCGCAAAGACUAGGGUCUCAAAGCCUUUACUAGUGAAUUAUAACUAUCAAUCAAAAAGAGGGAUAAUAUCAGUGUUGAGAAAUGCUCUUGGAAUGGAUCCUCCUCCUUCUCCAGAUGAACCAAGCGUUGAGAAUAGAUUCCACCCUUGGGACUCAUCACCUUCACAAGAUCUAAGACAUCGUGCUGCCACAAUAAGAGCAUUAGCUAAAUGUCCAGUCACCAAAAAGGAAAUCAAUUUUACUUGUCCAUAUAGUGGAAUCCCAACUCAUCAUUCAAAAGAAGCAUGGGAACAAGAUGAAGAAUAUCACAAGACAAAAAAAUAUGAAUUAUUGAAAAAAGUAAACAUAUAUGAACAUGAUUUAAGAUCUGGUCGUCAAUUCCCAGAAUUUGAUUUCCCAGGUGUUCAAGAAAAUGAAUCACAAGUUAAUUUAUCAAAUUGGGAUUUAUAUUUCUAUACGAGAAGUUUCUAUUCUAUGGAUACCGAGUUCCAAUUGGCUGCUGUCACUAAAAUGCUUUCAUAUCCUAUAACAAUUGGUACUUUAUUACAUCAAUAUUCUCCAUAUGGAUUAACUCCAAAAGGUCCAGUUACUUUAGAAGGUUUAAAAUCCUUAGCUGCCUUGCGUUAUUCUUUAUAUCCAGAUCUAAGAACUUCACCAUUAAAAGAUCGUCCUUUAAGAUUAUUCAUUAUAGGUGCAAGAGCUGAAGGUCAAUUACCUGGUCAUGUUUGGAAGCAAUUGAAUUUUUUGUUCCCAGAUACUGAAUUUGAGUUACACUUUAUUGGACCAGAAUCUUAUUUUGAUCGUGAAAAAAAUCAAUAUUUACAAAGUUCAAGACCAAUAGUGAAAAAAGUUGAUGUUAAUUUAAAAUUUGUUUAUCAUACUGAUUAUUUCCAUGUUUUCCAUGAAGCUCAAGAUUUCUUCCCUUAUGAUCCUUAUUUAGAUUCUUUUUUCCUUUUCCAUCCAGGUUUAGGUUAUCCAGAUGUUAAAGAUUUAUGGAAAAAGACAAUGCCAGGUUUAUUAGAUUCAAAAUGUCCAAUUUUCAUUACUGGUUAUCACGAAAACGAUGCAAAUACUGACUGGAAUUGGUUAAUGGAUAAUUUCAAGGAUGAUUUAGAUGUUUUAAUGAAUAUUGAAGAUAAUAAAUUUGCUUCUACAAAAUGGGAAUUAAAUGAUUUGAAUCCUCAUGAAGUUUACAGAUUCAAUCAAAAAUUGUUUGCUGUUAGAGGUAAACGUUAUCAUGCAAUUUAUAAAUAA